UGAACUCCGAAUCAUUUUAAGCAAAGCUCUGUAGUCUAUCGAACUAAAUUAUUAUUUAGAUUACAUGUGGGGGUGUUUUUGGCCCGCAUUUUAUUGUGCAGAUUAGACUGGAGUACGGCUAGUUUUCGUUUCUUUUUCUGUUAAUCUGUGAGUGGGGUAAAUAAAUUAGAGUUGUUUUGCUUCGUUAUACAGUGGUGCAUAAUUCCGUACCGCUAGAUUGGACCUUAUUUUGAAAUCCAAUAUGUCUCAAGCUGAAAUUGGUAUUUUCCUUUGAAUGGACAGUUGAUUGAUUGGUUGUAUUAUAAAAAGAGUAGAAUUUCUAAUUAGAGAACAUUUACGACCUAUCACAUCACCAUGAGGAUUUAAAAGGCUCAUUCUUCUAUAGUCAUGUCCGCGUCAAUUAUCUCCUCUGAAUCAGAAUCGAUUCUUCCAUACAAAGCAAUUAGUUUCAGUGGAGAUUCUAAUGAAUAUGUUGUAAUUGGAAAUCAUAAGUACUUACGAAAUGAGUUAAUGGAAGCAUUUGGUGGUACUUUGAAUCCAGGGUUAUCUCCGCCACCAGUUCAUAAAUUUGGUAAUGCAUCAGCUUUAGGGUUAGGAGCCUUUUCUCUAACUGCUUUUACUCUUGGUUUAUAUCUUGUUGGUACUUUACAUAUUGAAAACCCUGAUUUAAUUGUAUCGUUGCUUUUCUUCUACGGGGGUACUUGUUUAAUGCUUUCAGGGAUAUGGGAAUUAGUCAUUGGGAAUACUUUUGCAGCAACUGCAUUCUGUAGUUUGGGUCCUUUCUUUUGGGGUUACGGUGCUAUAUUAGUUCCUUCUUUUGGUAUUAGUGCUGCUUAUGCAGAUGAACCAGAACAAUUAGCUAAUGCAAUUGGGUUUUACUUCCUUGGGUGGGGCAUAUUUGCUUUCAUGUUGUUAAUGUGUACAUUCAAAUCAACUGUUAUGUUCAUUUCAACUGUCCUUACAACAGAUAUUGCUUUUUUCUUAUUAGCAGCUGGUAGUAUGACGGGUUCUCCUACCUGUAACAAAGCUGCAGGUAUCUUUGUUAUAAUUACUUCACUUUGUGGUUGGUACUGUAUGUAUGAAGGUAUAGCAAAUAAAACUAACAGCUAUUUGGUUCCACCUCCAAUGCCUCUUCCUGUCUUAGGGCUGCAUUGAUUAUUGGGAUCUGGUUUGAUCAAAUAUUAAAUUUUUGAUAUUUGUUGACACCCUUUUUAUAGGUCAGCCUUUCUGCUGAUCAUUUAACAGAUAAUAUAUAAUUUGUUAAUUUAAGUGAAUAGUUUUCUACAUUUUAUGAAUGUUUGUCGGUGACUUAUUCCAGCUGGCUGUGAUUUAGUUUUUGUUUUAAUCACUGGCAGCAUUCUAAAGGGUACUGAAGGCUUUUCAUUAUUUUUUUAUUUACCGACCUUUAAUAUUUAUCUUUUGUGUUACUAUCUUACUUUUCUAUUUCUUUUUGGGGAUCAUCAUUAUUACUAUCUUAUUUUA